CACCUGCCUGUGAAUAAACAUAGCACCAAACACAUCAGAUGAGGUAAGUUUGCUGAACAAACUUACCCUGUGGUAGUCAAGCUUCUCCCAAGUGGAAAGCAGGCCCUGCAGGAAAAACUGGGUUGGUUGGUUAGCCUCAGAGCUCUUUCCCACUCUGUCUGGCCACCACAGUGAAACAACUGGAAUUAUCUGCUCCAAUUUUGUAGAAGUUUAAAGUUUAAUUGUUUUAUUUAGAGCAUAAUUUCCCUUGGUUAGGGCCACAUUCUAGCAUUUUUUGCACCCCCAAUUCUCUUAAUAUGAGCACAUUCAGGAUAUUCAUUAUAGAACGUCCAUGGAACAAUGUAACAGCUGAGUUCAAUGGGGCAACAGUUUCACAACGUGAUUCUGGUGGCCUUAGGCUAAUAAGUGUAGUGUUUGCCUGGUCAGGCUGAUGGCAGAGAAAUGACAGCGAAGAUGCGAUGGCCAUGAGAAGAUGUGAGUCUGCCUGAAUGUAGUUUUGACCCUUGGACUUACCUGUUCAAGUAUUUGUGUAAUGCAGCUUCUGAAUAAAGCAUGUGGUCAGUCUUUCUCAGUAACUGCACUUGUUACUUGGGGUGUGGGCUCACUUGGCUGCCUGAAGAGCAGUUCCUCAGAGCACUGUCUUUCCGACUCUGUUGGCCUUCCUGUGAACCCAACUAGUUUUAUUAUGAUGUAGACAAUGAAAUGCCAAGAGUAAUAUUUUACCUGUAUAAUGAUCGUGAGAGGAUGCAAGUGUCUGAAGAAUCUUUCUCUGGAAAAAUGGAUGGACUGGAAGACCAUGUCUAUCAGCAGAUCUUUCACUAAUCUUACUACUAAUAAGUAGUAGAUUUGUGUCACUGCUUCAAGGAAAACCUGAGGGUCAGCACCCAGAAAGUGCUAGGUGUCACCACUCUGCCAAGCUUUCCUGAUGUGAUGGCAAACCAAAGGUCACAGUGCUCAGGGAGUAUGGUACAAACCAGUAACAUCACCUUCCAGUCUGAAGUGCAUUUUGAGUUAUUAUGCCAUUGAGAUUAGUAACAUUUCUGUUGGGCUAAACCUGUUGGCCCAGAAUCACAGUUAUCAGUACUGGCAGCAUAUCUCCCACCAAAUGUGUUCUUGUGAGCAAUGUCAGUUCCCAUUUCUUGGAAGACUUAAUGAAGCCUCAGCUUCCGGUGACAUGCAGCAGACUUGCAGGAAGGCCUCAUGUGGGCGGUGUCCCUGGGAUGAGCCUGACCCUUAUCAUGCCAGCCAGCUGCAAGGGGAUUAUCCGGGGACACAGCUAUGCACACACUCUUGCACUGGCUGGACAGCCUCAAGCCCUUUCUCUUGUGUUGUAAAGCCAGCAAGAAAGCAAGGAUUGAACUACUCUGAGCUCUCACGUCUCUGGUAGAGGACACCAAAUUCACCCAACUUUAGAAACAUCUUCAGAACAAAACAACAAACGACCUUGUCUGUGGUGUCAGUCCUGGAGUGCGUGGUGUUUGGUCUCUGCCUCAUCCAGUCUCACCAGGGAAGUGUUUGCAGAUGAAAAUGAACAGUGGAAUUCUCUUGUCCCUUCUUGGCUUCCUCCCACUCGUGACACCCAUAUGUCCUGCUCCAUGCAAGUGCACCACCAACAUUACUGACUGCUCAUUGAAAAACCUGACUGUAGAAAACCUGCCCACUGCUUUCCAUCCUUCAGCUGAAAUCAUCCACCUCGGUUCCAACAGGCUCACCUCUAUUCCCAAUGGGCUCUUUGACAACCUGAGGAGCCUCCAGGUGGUCUACCUGCAGGGCAACCCUUGGGAAUGCACCUGUGACAUCCUCUACUUGCGCUCCUGGCUCCAGUGGCAGCAGAACCGGAGCCAGUACAGGGAUGUGAGAUGCAGCUCCCCGGAGCACCUGCAGGGCCGGAUCAUCGCCUACCUGACAGAAGAUGAGAUCAUCUCCACAUGCCAGCACUGGUACUGCAGCCUGGCUCUCCUCUCUCAGAUCUCUCUCUUCAUCCUCCUUUUUCUCCAGGGUAUCUUGGUUAUCUUCAUCAUUGUCUACCUUCAGAAAUUUCGGAGAAUGACCACUGAAGCCUGGAGCACCACCCGGGAACUAGACCAGCGGGUAGACCCUUGGGCAUCUUCUUCAAUAAACCCCUCCAACAAUGAUUAACAUCACAAGACAGAGGACCCUCCUCCCUUUGGGGGACACUGUGUCAAAGUCCUGUAGUUUGUGAUACCCAGAGGGGACAAUUCAUUACAGCAUCUAAUCCUGACUGCAGUCUGAAGCAGGAUUUGAACUGAUCAGACACUUGCUGUGUUCCUAAAGAAUCAAUCUUCUGUUUUUUCAAUGCUUUUAAUACUUUAGCAUGAUCUUGACUGCUUGUCUGAGCUAGAAGUGGUUUGGUAGACUAAGAAAGUUAUAAACUACAGCAACCAGAACUGACUCAUAGGGGCUCAUUAAGCUCGUAGGGGCUCCAGUGCUCGAUCCCUCCCCUCCUACUGUAUUCCAGCCAUAUUUCCCAGGAUGCUUCUGGUUGUGCUGGGUUAGGUGAGGACAGAGGUGGGCAGUGAACUGGUUGAGUACUGAGCUAGGACAAUACACUGAGCUAGGAGAAAUAGAGUUUCCUUCUAUUGCCACAGACAGCAUUAAGAGCUUUUGACUAGAGAUUUAGUCUUCUCCUGCCUUGGUUUCCCAAGUAAAAGGGAAAGGAAAUACCUUCUUGCUUGAUGCAUCUUUUCCAAUGUUCUUCUGGGGAAGGGAGGGCAUGUCUAGAAGCCCACUCAUUUUACCUUAUCUGCAUUCCUUUUAAUCUACUUGAGUUUUAAUACUGACUUAAGUGAGUGAGACUGGGGCCCUGAAUCUUUAUAAGAAAUUCAUCCUGAAGAUGAGAAUUGUUUGACUGUGCCUGUAUGGACCUGGCACGAGAGAUCUGGUCAUGAGAGACAAACUGCAAACUCCACUGAUGUGCCAACUGCUGUUUAUGGUGUCCCUUAAUUGUUUUUGAAAUAAAGCAAAAUCGAAAUAAAAUGAUGCAUGAUGAUGUAAA